CCGGUACAGAAACGGCUACUGCGAGAGUGUGGCAGGCCGUUUGUCGUAUUUGGACCUCGGCGUCGCUCCGACCAAGAGCAGUGCACUGCGUUCAGUUCGUCAGAGCUCCAGAACGUUAUGAACAUUUGAAAAAUAAACGCACAUUCGAAGCACACUUGAGAAGACAAGGGCGCAACAUCCAUUUUACUGGACUGAAGCUUGCAGGAUGUUUCCAGCUGGUGGAUCUAGAGGAGCCUGUUUUGCACAAAUCCUCCAGAAGAAUUUGCCAACAGCACCGGAAAUGAACCAGUCAUACAGACCAUCAACUACUUCAAAUAGCCCCAGUAAACAUGAUUCUGACAAACAAGAAAAAGGGUCAUUCAGACCUGGUUCUUUUGCCAAGCCAAAUGAUUUGCCCAAAAUAUUGAUAGACAGGUACAAGAAUGGUGAAACUAAUGCAACAGCUCUGCUCCAUCAGCUCGCCCAGAAUUUACAGUUCCAUCUAGAAGUUAAGGAAACAGUAACCACAGGAAAUGUACCAGGGUUUUAUUUUGCCUUUUGUGUGGUGAUUGAUGGGAUUAAAUACAAGACUGGCAUGGGAACAACAAAGAAGGAGGCUCGCCUCAAAGCAGCAGAGCUUGCACUGGAGGACUUGCUACCCACCUUGGAAAGUCUGAAGUCUGUUCUUCCAGAGGCAUCAGAUGUCCUUCCGCACCUGCCAGUAAAAGAGAAGCCCACCAUGUCUGACAUCCAUCCUUGUCGAGCUAUUUAUGAGAGGAGGAAUUCUCCAAUCAACCUCCAGAUUCCAAAUGCUGUCAGGGAUCAACUAACUAAACUGAUGAACAGCUACCCUGAGUUCUCCAACUGUGCAGACACUACAGCAGCAUUCAUUGUUCAGACUUCCACUGGAUGUGAGGUCAUUGCUCUUGGUACAGGGAGCUUCAAUACAAAAGAGUCUGUCUCAUCGAAUGGACGGCUUGUGCAUGAUUCGCAUGCAGUUGUGACUGCAAGAAGAUCUCUUAUGAGGUAUCUGUAUCGGCACCUGCUGAUGUUUUUCAGCAAAAAUGCCAGUUUGACUGAGAAGUCGAUCUUUCAGCUUAAUGGCAGCGGAAAUCUUCUCAGCCUGAAAAGUGGCAUUACCCUUCACCUCUAUAUGAACCAACUUCCAAAGGGAGCUGCUGAGAUUCCUUCUACCUUACGCCUGAACCCUCUCUCUAUUUCUGCUUGGCAUGUCAACAAUGAGAUCAGCCUACAUGUGUCAGUUGAGGGCAAGGUGUUCUCAGUUUUGUCAUCAGCCUUUGACCAGUCUGCCUGCAAGCUGGUCAGUAUGUCGACCACAGACAAGAUCACUCAGUGGCAGGUGCUAGGGUACCAGGGAGCACUACUAAGCCACUUUAUCGAGCCCAUCUAUGUUCAAAGCAUUCUCAUAGGUGACUCUUGCUGUGAAGACACCCGUGGUAUGGAGAUGUCUGUGAGCCAGCGUGUGGAGGGAAUCACCGCUCAGCUGCCCAUGUUCUACUGCUUGAUGAGGCCCCAAAUAAGCCUGGUUCCUUCAGUAGCCACCUACAAACCAGGCACAAGCCAUCUGACACGAGCUAUCAACUGGAGUGAAGGAGACAGCUCUCCGGAAGUUGUGGAUGGUCUCGAGGGCAAGACUGUAGAAGAAUCUCCAUUUAAGAGUGGCUCUGCUCUGGCAAGUCGGCUGUGCAAAGCAGCAAUGCUGCAUCGCUUCAAGUUGGUUGCCAAAGAGGCCAAGAGACAGGAUCUGCUGGCCACCAGCUCCUACAGAGAAGCAAAGAGGAUGGCAAAGCCAUACCAGGAGGCCAAGAGCAUGCUGCGAGCAUACCUGUAUCAGCAGGGUUUUGGUUCCUGGCUGGAAAAGGUAUCGAUUAGUGACAACUUCAGUAUGUGAAUAAAGAAUUUGAAAGUCAGAUUUUGUUUGCAAGAACUUGGAGCUGUGGUAUUUGGUUUAAAAUCAAUCCAUGUUCAUGGUUUUGGAGUAGUUCUGUUAAGAUGUGUGAGGACAAGUAACAUUUGCUUCCAAGCUCCUUUCUGUUUUCUUUCUGAAGGCCAUAAGUCUUUAUCAUAGCAAUAAUUCCACCUACUUUAGUUCAUAUUUAAUAAUUUCCAUACUCAGUCUAUGGUAAUAAGAAUGUGUAUUCUUUAUAGUUCAACGCUUUAAACAGUAUUCUCUGUUGUUAGGAAAUUACAGUGUUCAGUGUGUAGUCAUACUAGUUUUCAUCAUUGGCUUUAAGUUCCUGAAUGCUUUAUUGCAUAUAUGGAGGGUAUGUUAACUUUUUAUAAAAUACGUUAGUUCUAGUUACAUUGCAUUUUCAUAUCUUUGGGAAAAAUUCAGCAGUUUGAUUUAUUACUGGACAGUGCAAUAUUUGAACUUGCACACAAAAACAGAAAAAUAAAACAAAUAUUUAAAGAGA